GCACGCCGCCGUCGGCCGUCAGAAAGGCGCGCGCUCUCGCGUCUCUCGCGGGCCGGGGGCGCGCGGCCCGCAUGGCGAGCUAGCGGCGGCGGUUGCGGGCCCGGCCGGGCCAGGGCUGAGGCCGAGCGCGCCGCGGGGCCCGCGCACCCCGGCCGGCCGGCGCCCACCAUGCGGCGGCUGCGGCGCCUGGCGCCCCUGGUGCUCCUCUGCCCCUUCUCCCAGGGCCUGCAGGGCCGCCGGGUCAGGUACGUCCUGUUGGUGUGGCUGGGCAUCUUGGCGGGCAGCUGGAUGGUCUACGUGCACUACUCGUCCUACUCGGAGCUGUGCCGCGGCCACGUCUGCCAGGUGGUCAUCUGCGACCAGUACCACAAGGGCAUCAUCUCAGGCUCCAUCUGCCGGGACCUGUGCGAGCUCAACAAGGUGGAGUGGAGAACCUGCUUGUCUUCGGCCCCGGGCCAGCAGGUGUACAGUGGACUUUGGCAAGACAAGGAGGUGACCAUCAAGUGUGGCAUUGAGGAGUCCUUGACCUCCGAGGCCCCCCGGCGAGAGCUGGUGCUGUUUGACAAGCCCACCCGCGGCACUUCCAUCAAGGAGUUUCGAGAGAUGACCCUGGGCUUCCUCAAGGCGAACCUGGGAGACCUGCCCUCCCUCCCGGCGCUCGUGGGCCAGGUCCUCCUCUUGGCCGACUUCAACAAGGACAGCAGGGUGUCCCUGGCCGAGGCCAAGUCCGUGUGGGCUCUGCUGCAGCGGAACGAGUUCCUGUUGCUGCUCUCCCUGCAGGAGAAGGAGCACGCCUCGCAGAUGCUGGGCUACUGUGGGGACCUCUACCUCACGGAGGGCGUCCCCCACGGCUCCUGGCACCGGGCCACGCUGCCGCCCGCCCUGCGCGCGCUGCUGCCCUCUGCCCUGCACAGAGCCGUCCAGCAGUGGUUCAGCCCCGCCUGGCCCUGGCGUGCCAAGAUCGCCAUCGGCCUGCUAGAAUUCGUGGAGGAGCUCUUCCACGGCGCCUACGGCUCCUUCUACAUGUGCGAGACCACGCUGGCCAACGUGGCCUACACGGCCUCCUACGACUUCAAGAUGGCGGACCUGCAGCAGGUGGCGCCCGAGGCCACGGUGCGCCGCUUCCUGCAGGGCCGCCGCUGCGAGCAGAGCGCGGACUGCACCUACGGGCGCGACUGCCGGGCCCCCUGCGACAGGCUCAUGCGGCAGUGCAAGGGGGACCUGAUCCAGCCCAACCUGGCCAAGGUGUGCGAGCUGCUGCGGGACUACCUGCUGCCCGGCGCGCCCGCCGACCUCAGCGAGGAGCUGGGCAAGCAGCUGCGCACCUGCACCACGCUGAGCGGGCUGGCCAGCCAGGUGGAGGCCCACCACUCGCUGGUGCUCAGCCACCUCAAGACGCUGCUCUGGAAGAGGAUCUCCAACACCAAGUACUCUUGACGCCGGGGGGGGGGGGGCCCCACCGCACUCCCCCCAGUCCCAUGCCGGGGCCCCGCAAGACCAGCCCGGCUCCGGUUAGGAGGGGACCUCCCCUAGAACUCAUGUAAA